AUGGCAUAUUCCUCACUCGUCUCCUCGCUGCGGGCCCUGUCCCUGCGCAUGACGACAACCCGAAUCCUACCGCGCCAGACCGUCCGAUGCCUCUCCCAGAGCGUGCUGGCUCCCAAGACGGCACUCAGACCCACGACGAUGACGAUGGCAGUGGCAGGGGCGGACACUGGGGCUAUGGCGAACAACACGGCUGCGAUGACGAAGGUGGUGGUUGCGCGGCAGCAGACGCGGGGCAUGAAGGUGCAUAGUUCGGUCAAGAGGCGGUGCGAGCAUUGCAAGGUCGUGCGACGAAAGGCGGGCAGACGACACCGCGGCUACCUCUACAUCAUCUGCAGUGCGAACCCGAGACAUAAGCAGCGCCAGGGAUGA